UAAAUAUUGGAGGGAAACAUUAGGAAAGUGAUGUUAAAAUAUGAUUGCAUGGAAAAAUUGUGAAUAUUCAGUUUAUUUAAAAGUGUUUUAAAGUGUUUUUUAUAUUAUAUUACAAUUCUCGUAAACAUGGAUCACUGGAAUUCGAAAAUUAUGGAGGAAAUUGUACGAAAUUUACUAAAGGAGGAAAUACAUUCUACUAUCUUUGGACAUCCAUGGCCUGUGACGAAUGCAACAAAAUAUUUAUUUUUGAUUAAUUGAGGUGAGUCCAAAAUUCCAUCCAGUAAACACGCACGAUUAAUUUGUAAGAAGAAAAUUUAAAUUCGCAAUAUAUUGAUAUUUCGUCAGUUUUCCGAGAGUUGUGCAAAAAAGCAGCAGAGGCGUUGCACGAUGGAUAGAAUAACGAGGUGGUCUUGAAUGGGCCAUUUGCCAAAAACUUGUGAAUUUACUACCAGACGUCGUUGUUGAAAAACGCAACAUGGAGACACUUCAGGAAGAUGGAAAUUCCAGCAUAAUUUGCGUCUAGACCUAGAUUCUGAUCGGUCAGCAUCGGAUAAAUAUUCAAAAAUGGGCAAGUGUUGCAGUAAGCGGCAGGAGCCUCAACCAAUCGAAAAUUUUUUUCUAGGAUACAAAAAAGCUGAUACUGGGUUAAGUUCGAAGCACAGCAAUGGAGGUUCUCUGGACCGAUAUACUGCCGAUCCAAAUCAAAGAGGAGUUCAGGCCAGGGCGGAUAUUAUUCGCCCCAGGCCCACACCCUGUAAGCUUCAGAUUCCACAUCAACCCCGUAAAUCAAGCUCGCCUGUCAUAGUACCUGCAUCACAUUCACAAAGAGCAAACAAAAUUGUCGUUGCUCUUUAUAAUUAUACGGCGAGAGAAAGCACCGAUGUAAGUUUUGUCAAGGGUGAUCGUAUGGAGGUGCUAGAUGAUUCUGAACCCGAUUGGUGGAAAGUUCUUCACCUCACGACUCUUCAAGAGGGUCUCAUCCCCUGGAAUUUUGUUGCAGUUGAACGUUCAGUAGAAAGCGAAGAUUGGUUCUUCGAAAAUGUUUCGAGAAAAGAAGCUGGCAAAUUACUUUUGGUUGAUGAAAACCCUCGCGGUACUUUCCUAGUCAGACCCAGCGAACAUAAUCCAAGGGGUUAUAGUUUAUCAGUUAAAGAUUGGGAGGAAGGAAGAGGUCAUCAUGUGAAACAUUAUAAAAUCAAACCUUUGGAUAAUGGAGGAUUUUUUAUUGCCACCAAUCAAACAUUCCCCACGUUACCUGCACUCGUUAUGGCUUAUAGCAAAAAUGCCUUGGGUCUUUGCCACGUUCUUUCGAAACCGUGUCCAAAACCACAGCCCGAUAUGUGGGACUUGGGUCCAGAGUUGCGGGAUAAAUGGGAAAUCAACCGAAACGAAAUUCAAUUGAUUCGGAAGUUGGGUCAUGGAAACUUUGGCGAAGUGUAUUAUGGAAAAUGGAGAAAUAAAAUAGAAGUCGCUGUAAAGACAUUAAGACCUGGUACAAUGUCGACUGAAGCAUUUCUUCAGGAAGCUGCGAUCAUGAAACAAUUUAGGCAUAGACAUCUCGUUGCACUUUAUGCCGUUUGUUCAAAGGAAGAACCAAUUUACAUUGUUCAGGAAUAUAUGUGCAAUGGCAGUUUGUUAGAUUUUCUAAGGACAGGCGAUGGUAAAUAUAUGCAAUUCGAAGAUCUCAUUUAUAUUGCCGCACAAGUUGCUUCUGGCAUGGAACAUCUCGAAAGCAAACAACUUAUUCAUAGAGAUUUAGCCGCUAGAAAUGUAUUAAUAGGUGAGAAAAAUAAGGCGAAAAUCUGCGAUUUUGGUCUCGCGAGAGUUAUUGAAGACGAUGAAUAUUGUCCAAAACAGGGAAGUCGAUUUCCAGUGAAAUGGACAGCACCUGAAGCUAUUGUUUAUGGACGAUUUAGUAUCAAGAGUGACGUCUGGUCCUAUGGAAUUCUAUUAAUGGAACUCUUUACCUACGGACAAGUUCCAUAUCCUGGAAUGCAUGGUCGUGAAGUAAUAGAACAAGUGGACAAGGGAUAUCGAAUGCCGAAACCAGUGAAUCAUCCCCUUCCGGACAGUAUCUAUCGAUUAAUGUUACAAUGUUGGGAUGGAACACCGGAGAAACGACCCACGUUUGAAUUUCUCAAUCACUAUUUCGAGUCGUUUAAUGUCACAAGUGAAAUUCCGUACCUCGAACCACCAACAGACUGAUACACGGCCCACAUGCAAAGUCACAUGGUGCCGCAUGGUCACUUUCAUCCGGCGCACGUCAAUUGUGCCAUGGAGUUUUAUGGUAUUUAUUGUUAAAAAAUUGUCGCAAAAAAGAAAACACACACAAGCAACUCGCGUAACGUUGUUAAUGGCGAUAAAAUAAUUAUAAAUAAUAAAUAGUAGACGGGGUGAAUAAUAAAACUCCUCCGACAUGGAAAAAUUGUCGAUUAAACAUUUGCGUGAAGAAUAGCACUAAUUGCUGUUGCCAGAAAUCAGAACUCUUUGUUAGUUUUUUUUCUAUUUUUUUUUUUUUUUUUUUUUGACAUAGAGUGUAAUCGAAGAACGAAUAACGUGCCAUGAAUUUUCUUUUUACUAUUUAAAUUUUUUCAUUUUUGCUCUGAUAUAAAAAUAUUUUCCAUUCGUUUUUUCUUUUUUUUAAUAUUUUUUUAUUAGAGCAAAAAUUGUGACGUCUUUUUAAAAUAAGAGGAAUGAAUGUUAUGAAAAUUCUUACGGGGAGGGUGCGAAAAAAAGCUGUAGACUGACAAAAAGGAAUGACUGAAAGUCGCGGAAAUAAGGAUGAAUGUUCUUAAAAAUGUUUAGAAUAAUUUGUUUUUAAAUUAAAAAAAAAAAAUUAUUUUUCCGCGAAUAUCAGUGGUGCCAAGAUUUUCUGUGAGAAGAGGCAAAAGUAAAAUUUUUUGAAUUUAAUGAAAAGGUGCAUUUCUUUUAUAUAUUUUUUUUUUGAGGAAAAUUUUAACUUUUAGAGAGUAGCAUCGACAGAGUCGAAACUUAAACGUGAACAAAUAAAUGAACUAGUUACUGUAUAACCGCAGGUUAGUCGGUUAGAAAACGGUUACAAUUUAUAAAUAUAUAUAUAUAUAUAAAUAAAUAUAAAUGUAUAUUUAAAAGGAAAAGAGACAAAGCUCGCAUUACUUAACUCUUUUUGGAAAUUCGAAUUGCGUUUUCUGCACUUUUAUUAAAAAAAAACAAAUCCAAUCGUACUUCAUUUAUUCUUUCUUUGUAAUUUGGAACUUGUCUCCUAUUUCCGAAAUAUUUUUUUCAAAUUCUUAAAUAUUCUAUAUACUCGAGAAGUUUGAUUUUUUUUUCUAUACUUGUCUAUUCGUACCGUUGGUUCCUUCAAUGCUUUCGGGCGCAAUACUAAAUAAUGUUUAAAGUAGAAAGAAAAAUUUUUAAAAGGCUCUAGUUCCUAGAAAGUUGAAAUAUUUUCAAAGAUAAAUUUUUUCAAAUUUUGAUUGAAUUCUACAAGUGGGGAAACUUUAUUGUGUUAAAAAAAAAUGAGUGAGCACGUUGUGACAAGUCGGUAUACGAAGUAAGACUAGAUAUUGGUAGAUUGAAUGUAAUUUAUAAUUUUCUGUUUAUACAUACGCAUUUAUGUAUAAUUUUUUGGUUUUUUUUUUGUAUCUUUUACGUCAAUCCUGCCAUUUGUCCCUGCGCUAGAUUAUAUUAUAUUUAUGAUUGUAGCGAUUAUGGCCAAUAUCGUUUUUUUUUUAGACGAAAGUAGAGAGCGAAUCUUUAACUCUCAACUGCCUCCCUCACGAAGUACCUUUUAAAUCUUUUCCUGUCUCUAUUGAACAAUUUUUCUUUUGAAACAAUUGUUAUCAGCAAAACAAUUAGUCGAGACUUUCUAUUUUUCUACUGGAAAAUAAAAAAUAUAGAAAAACUAAUUUGAAAUUUGAAAUUUUAGUUUAUUUAUUAAAUAGAUUAAUAAAUAAAAAUUAUAUUGAAAAUUAGUUUUUAUUUUAUAUUCUAGAAAAAAAGUUCAGAGUCUCAAAACUUGUUGCAAGGGAGGAAGAAUUGACAGGAUGCGGAUAUUUGUUCCUUAACUAUAACAAAAAAAAAAAAAGAAAAAUAUAUAUUUUAGAAGAAAAGUUGAACUUUUGGGGUAGUUGAGAGUUAAAUUAUAAAUUUGUCAUGAGGUCGAAAAAGUUACUAAUAACUAGAUAAGUAUGUGAGUGCGAGCAUGUUGAAAGAAAAAUAAAUUUUCUUUUUCUCUGACGAUAAUGAUUGAGAGACAAAAUUGAACAUUAACUUAAGUCAUCGAUGUUAAUCGUACAAAAUACCUUGGAAAAUUGUACAUUUUUUACUGGAUACAAUAACAGCAUUAAAUUAGGUAGGCACUAGGCAUGGAUCUUGCGAAUCGGGUAACUUCUUUUUUACUCGUGUGAAAAAUAAAAUUACAUUCUUGUCAAAUUCUAUCUACAUUUCUGGAAAUAUUUCAGUGACUAAAUUUGAAAAAAAAAACAUAAGAUUUUUAAUGUAAAUAUUUUAAAAACAAUUUUCUUGAUAGAUUUAAUUUAGCAAAAAUGUUUUUUCAACAAAAUAAUUCAUUUUAGAAAUAAAUUUUUUUAAUUCAUUUCAAUUUUAAUAUUUAAUUUUGAGAUGUGAAUUUAAAAUAUUCCAGAAAUACAAUAGAGAAUAUUUCUCAAUACAUUUAUCGAAAAAAAAAAUAUAAAUUGAAAAAGUUUAUAGCAAGUGAAAAAAAAUAUUUUUUAAUCUCUGUUAUAAAAAGUUAGAAACAAUAAAGUUUCAGUUUCUUUAUAAUAAAAAGCAAUUAAGCUUUUAUUUAUAUAAAAUUUAUAAAUUUUAAAGAUUUGAAAAAAAAUAAUGACAUUGGGGGAAGAGCGCGAAUCGAAGUUUCUCGUAAUCGUAUCUCUAUACAACAAGUUUAUAGAUUGAUAUUGAUUUUCUACGAGUGUGACGAUCCAUUAUUGUAGAGCACAUUAUUAUUAUAAUAAUUAUUAUUAUUACCGCUAAUAUUUAUCGAAAAGGCAAAACAGUUACGCAGCAAGCGUGCCGAAUUAAUAGAGUAGUCGCAUCUACGUCCAAUACGAUUUUUCUAUGAGCGUUUUAUACCGACCAAAAUGUUGCUGUGUUAUUCGACUAAAAUUCAGAUUUUAGUAUUGCUGUAGAUUUUAGGAUUAAAAAAAAAAAUAAUACUAACCUGUUUAAUGACUGAAUUUUAAGACAGUGAUGAGAAAAUAAUGGUGCGAUUGAUAAACGUUUUCGGUAAAUUCAAAGAUAUUUAAAAAUACAAAAGCAGAUAAUUUCCAAUUUUAGAUUUUUAAUACAAUUAGCAAUUUUUCGUUAAAAAUGAAAAUUAAAAAUAUUAGACAUUGAAAAUCAUUAAGUCUGAAUCCAUGUGUUAACAUGACUUGAAAUUGACUGAAAAAAAUGCUCUCUUUAAAAAGAAAAAAAAGAAGAAAUACUCUGUAAACGUUUACAGAAAACGACGGUUAAAAAUUUAUUUAUUUUUAUUUUGCAUUUACGAGACAAUUUUGUCUAUUAAAAACAUAAUUGUAACGAAAAUUUUCUCAUUAUGUCUUACAUUAAUUUUAUUUCUUUUUUUUUUAUAUAGAAUUUUAUUUUAGAAAAAAAAAAUUAAACUUUUAUCAAACUUGUAUAAACUUUUGUAAAUCUUAUAUAUAUACUUUAAAAAUGUUUGCGUUGCAUUCCACGUUUGAAAUUUUUGUAGAGUUCCCUCCUUCCAUUCAAUGCAGGAUCUCAUUAUAAAAAUUGUACAUACGUGGAUUAUUUUAUAAGGAAGAAUCCCUUUUCAUAUCCGUCGAUAUUGUAAAAAAAAAAAAAUAUCCAGUGUUUUUUAUCGCCCUCCACAAAAGAAAUGUGGAUAAAGAAAGAUGAUUUUUUGUUUUUUUUUACAAAUAAUUUUCUCUGAGUUGUACAGUCUUAUUAUGAUUAUAAUUGAUUUAUAUUAAAUUCAAUUACGAUGAAAAGUUUCAAUCGACAAAAGUAAUGUUGUUAAAUAUUUUUAUAUAUACAAUCACCUAUAUGUUGAAAUCAAUCCUGAGAGUGAUUUUUGAAAAAAAAGAAUGUUCACAUCUACAAAUCAGACUUUACGAACUAUUUUUUGUAAAUCGAUUGUAAUUUUUCAUCAAUAUUUUGAAUUUAACAAGACAAAAAAAAAUUAAAAAAAUUCUAAAAAUCAGAGUAGAAAAUCUUAAUGGCAAUAUGUAUUUAAAUACUUUUGCCGCUAUUAAGAAUAAUUAGGAAAUUCUACAAACUACAAGCGCAGUACUUAAGAUUGAAAAAAAUAUGAAUACACUUGAUUUGAAAAAAUAAAAUGAAAAGAAAAAAAAAACUUAGAGAAUUAGAUCCACAGGUGUGACAAAUUGAUGGCCUUGCUGCAAGAGAACUUUUCGAAUAAUCUGUGAUAUAGCGACAGACCUCGAGGCCAUCGCAUGAAAAAACAAUAUAGAGGGAUAUUUUUUAUGAGUUCGAUCUUUCAUUUAAAAAAAAAAGACUUUUCCCUCAAUUAAUAUACACAUCUUAUUCAAAUCAAGAUCGAUAUACUGUCGUCAUUGUUUACGUACCAAAGCUUAUUAUCUUUAAGUAAUUUAACGAUUACUUUGUAUUAUUAUUAUUAUUAAUUAUUAUUAUUCUAAGCCUAUACAGAUAAAUAUAUUAUGUAUGACACUAA